UGUAAAGCUUGGACCUAAGAAUAAAUGAGUAUAAAUAAUUGUAUAGCGUAAUUGUUAAAUUAAAAUUUUUUCACCUUAUCAAACGAUAUAAAAUGUCUGACCUAUUUUUUGCUUAGUGUCUGCACCGAGUUCAAUUAUCGUGAAAGAUAAGGGAUUUAUAGCAGUUAAUUUGAUGAUAAUUAAGACAAUAAGCUGUAAGAUUAAAAAAGAAUUAACUUCCGUAGCUUUUUUCAUAACUUGACUUAUCAAAAUAAGAAGUUACUUUUGAUCUUUGCUUGAAGCUAAACAUCAUAUAUGCCUUGUCAAUCAUUUCUACCUAUCCGGUCAUUCUGAACAAUCAUUUUAGUAUUGUUCACUUAAAAAUGACUCAUCAAAGCGAAUUGCUAGACACAAGUAGAAAAAUAUCGUGCAUUAGUGGCAAUAUAAGCUCAAAAAAUCAUGAAAAAGGCACCAAGACUCUGCAGCUCUUCGCCGCAAUGGCUGCAAGCAUAUGUGCGACGGCAACUGGAAUAUCAAUGGGUUGGCAAACUCCGCUCUUGUUGAUGCUCCAAGAGGAUCCAGUGAAUGAAGACAACCCGUUAGGUAGGCCAAUCAGUGAAGACGAAGCUUCCUGGCUUUCAGCAUUGCCUUACAUGGGAACACUGAUCAGCUGCUUUGUUCCUGGAUACUUAUCUGACAGAUUUGGAAGAAAAACAGUUCUACUGUCUAGCGUAGUGCCAUCUUUACUGAGCUGGGCGCUUGUUGCUCUAGGAACUAGCAUAGAAGUCUUGUACGCUGCAAGACUUAUCACAGGCCUGAACCUUUCUACUUCCUUUGGAUUGCUUCCAAUUUAUUGUGGUGAAAUUGCAGAACCGGCUAUAAGAGGAAUUAUUGGGUCCUUUUUUGAGAUUUUUGUCAACGCCGGUCCAGUUUUUGCUUUCACUAUUGGCGCAUUAGUGUCUUAUAAGAAUUAUUGUAUAAUUUGCGCUGCAUUUCCGGUUCUUUUCUUCAUUCUCUUCUUUGCAAUGCCAGAAUCUCCGUAUUAUUUAGCGGCUAAAGGCCGGAAGGAAGAUUUGAUCAAAGUUCUGGUGAGGCUGAGAGGAAAAAGUAGAGAAGCUGUUGAAAAAGAAGCUGAUGAAAUUGAGGCGACUGUUCAAGAGAUUUACAGCAAAAAAACCAAUCUCAUGGAUUUAAUUAGAGUCAAAGCAAACUUCAAAGCUCUUAUUUUAGCGUGCCUAAUGGUAAUUUUUCAACAACUCAGUGGAAUUGUAGCCAUUAUUUUUUACUCGGAAAUUAUUUUUGCAAACGCUGGAGAAUUUACUUUGAGCACGUCGCUUCAAACUAUUUUAGUUGGACUGGUUCAAUUUUCGGGGACUUGUUGCAACCCGUUUGUUAUUGACAGACUGGGACGCAGAAUCUUGUUGAUUGUUUCCUGCACCGGGACAGCGAUAUGUCUUGGAAUUCUUGGAAUGUUCUUCUACCUCAAAGACGCUGCAAAAAGUGACGUCAGUAAUUUGGGCUGGCUGCCAAUAUUUUCCAUGCUUGCUUACAUGGUCAGCUUCAGCAUUGGACUAGGCCCCGUUACUUGGAUAAUAACCGGCGAAAUAUUUUCUCAAGAAAUAAAAGCCAAAGCAUCGACUAUUUUUGUUUUUAUAUGCUUUGUUUUUACGUUUAUUAUAACUAGGUACUUUGUUAAUGUCGCGUCGGCAUUUGGAUCCUACACUGCUUUUUGGAUUUUUGCAGCCUGUUGUCUAGUCUGUAUUUUGUUCACUAUAUUCUUUUUGCCUGAAACGAAGGGCAAAACAUUUACUCAAAUUCAAGCGGAACUUAAUGGAAAAACUCGAUAAUUGUAAUUAAAUUAAUAAAAUUUAUAUCUUCAUUAAUUUAUAGAUAAUAAUUAUUUUUUU